AUGUCCUCCACCCUCAAGGACUUUGCAGCCGUGGCCUUCAGAUCAGGUAGGAUCCCCUGCCGCGAAGAGUCACGCGGAAGAGUGGGCGGCACGCCAGUCGUGCGCAGGGACCCUUGCCGCGGAGAGUCACGCUACAGUGCGGGCGUCGCGCCAGUCGUGCGCGUUCAUCCCGUGCAUGUCAUCUCCAUGCGGGACUGGUCGAAGUCCUCGUCGACGGCACCAUCCUCCCGGGAGUGGUCCAAGCCCUCGUCGACGCAGCUGCUCGGAGAUUUUGGGGAGCAGGCAUCGAGUGCUCGCGAAUGGCGUCUCAUAGUGGAGCUGCUGUUGCUGGUCGCCCUUCUCCUCAUCUCCAACCCGCUGGUGCUGGAGCGAGUAGUGCUGGCGAACGACAACCUGAUGCAGUCCACCAGCACGACCACUGAGCUCGUGGACCCCAUGGACGCCGUCAACGCCGCCAUCGCUGCCUCGCAGGACUUCCUCACAGCCCAGCUCGAUUCCAAGCUGGCCACGAUCAAAGCAGUGAUCGUCGGCGAGUUCGCUACCCAGCUCAAGGGUCCCCUCGGUGCGGUGGUUGGACAGCAGCAACAACAGAACGCGCAGUUCACGGGCCAGAUCCAGUCACUUCAAGCCACGUCAUCGAAGCUCGAGGCAGAGCAAGCAGAGAUGCGUACCCAAAUUUCUGAAAUGCGACAGCGGCUAUACAUGCAGGAGGCACAUAUCCCCAUCAAAGACUACGAGAACCUCAUCGAAUGGGACCGGCCAGCAGACACGAGCAUAAUUGUGGGCACGGCUGCGGAGAACUUCACGCUCGACGAUUUCAAGGCCAGCAUCCAGCCCAUCAUCGACAGGUGUGAGUUCGGCGCUGACGAAUGGGAGGCGGUGGGCAAGAGUCCAGCGCGACGAUUCAUCAUUCAGUUCAGUGGCGACGCGAAUGCCUCUGCCCGACGUGUCCGCUCUGUCUACGGCAAGCUCAAGGGCGCUGGCGGCGAAUGGCUCAACACGGUGGUCAACAGUGUACAUGGUCAGCGCACACGUCUCUUCUUCGGCCUUGACCGCAGCGGCAAGACAGCGAGGCGAGAGUUCCAGACCAAGAAGCUCACCCAGUUCUGCAAGACCCAGCACGACACGAAGCGCUGGCGGGGCGACCGCCAACAAGGGAUCAUAUUUUGCAACAACCUGCCCAUCCUCUUCAUAUCCGUGGGCGCCACAAAGGAUGAACCAACCAAAUUGCUCUUCAACUACCAGGGUUGCCUCACGCAUGGCAUCAACAGGGAGGACGUCCGCGCGAAGUUCGAGCAGUUCUUCCAAACAUCCUUGGACCCGCUCAAGCGCAAGAAGAAGGUCAACCACAUGCUGCAGGUACUCAACUCUACGUCGCUGCUGGCCCUGCAGGAGGUGCACGGCUCCGGGUCGGAGCUCGCCCAUGCCCUGCGCCUAGGCCACAAGACUGCGGCCAUCUUCACCUCCAUACUUGUGCGCGGCACGGGAGGCGUGGCGAUCGUGCUCCCUGGUCUCUCGCAAGAUGAGGCGGCUGACUCUGACCGCUUCCGCCACGCGACACCCGUACCUGGCCGCGUGCAACGUCUCCAGAUCAAGUCGGAUCUCACUGGUGCACCCGAGGGCGCUCUGCCGUCCAUGGUGGUGAUCUACAACGUCCACAACUUCCAGCUCGCGCAGGAUCAGGUCCAGCGCACGGUGGGCUCAAUCAGGGCGGAGCUCAGCAUCGCAGAGCAGCAGCCCGAGCGCAUCGCAGUCAUGGUCAUGGGCGACUUCAACUUCAUGGACGAGGCCCCACUGGAGAUGAAGGCCCCGCUCGUCAACAAGGGGCUACCCAGGCUUCGCAACGUCCAUCCUGAACAUCAGCUUCUAUGGGAGCAGGCACUCGGAGACUUGGUCGAAGUGGACCCUGAGCUCCCCGCGCUUUACACUGGGCACCCCCAGCAGUGCACGCACAUUGAUAAGAUCUAUGGCAUUUCGGAUCAUGCCCCAGUGCACCUGCGUCUCUCAGCCCGCGCUCGCGAAGAUCGCGAGUCGCAGCCGAUCCCGCAGUGUAUCUUCGAGCGCCCUCUCUUCGCCAAGUACCUCGACCUGCUGGUCAGCCACGCUGACCUGGACAGCUACACGCCCUUUGUGCGCCUCCAGGAGGUCAAGCGCCUGAUCCGCGAGGCGGCGCGUCCCUCUCGCAACGACCUGACAGACAUGCACGCACCGUGCUCGGCGGCAGCCCUCACCACUUGCAGGGCGAUAUCGAGGGCGGUAUGGCGAAAUGACUGGCAGAGCGCACGCACGCUUAAGGCGCGCACUGAGCUCGGUGACCAGUUCUUGGACAUCUCCGACCCGAGCAACAUCACGCUGAUCGAGCCUGGCACGUUUCGUCGCGUCUUCGAGCAGCGCCAGAAGUCGCACCAGGACCAGCGUACUGAGGCCCUGCUGCAGGAGGAGACUGCCGCUGGCACGCGUGGCAAGCUCUGGGCCCCAACGGGCAAGACCCUCAAGCUCAAGGCUACCGAGGUGAUGCACGACCACAGCUCGACGGAGUCGCCUGCGGCCAUGAUCGAGGAGCUCCGUCGACAAUGGCCCCCAGUCUUCCAGGCGAAGCCGAGCCACCUCAGACACGUAAAAAGCUACCUAGAGAAGCACAUCGUCCCGUAUGACUGCACGGACAUGGACAUCCCCACUUUGGGUAAGAUGAAGCGUUUGAUCAGCAGGCUCAACAACCCAGCGCCUGGACCUGACGGGAUCCCCUACAUGGCCUGGAAGCGGACCCCCUUGUCGGCACAGCUCAUGCUCGACGUCACCGUCGAGAUCAUGCAGGGUUACCCUGCCCCACUCACCCUCAAUGACUCGCUGAUGACCUUCACCCCUAAGGGGUCGGAGCCCGCUGACGAGCUCGGGGCGACGAGGAUGGCAAAGGCAACUCGUCCCCUCUCCUUGCAGAACACGGACUGCAAAAUCGUCGCGGCCAUGGGGAACGAGCUGAGGAAGCCGAUCGUGGCCAAGGGAGCACACAAGGCCCAGAAGGGCUUCUUACCGCAGAGGCGCUUCAUAGAGCACGUGGUGGCGAUGGACGCUCAGGCCCGCAUAGUGGCCACGCAGUCGGACCCCGUGGAGAAGGACCCACUCUUGGUGCUGUACGACUUCGGCGACGCGUUCCCCUCCAUGUGCAGGGUCUGGCUGAACAACGCGCUGGAGUUCGCAGGUUUCCCACUGGGCAUCCGCAACAUGGUCGAUGCGAUUUACCUCCUGCCCGCUGCCUUCACCAACCUCGGCGGGGCGCUAGAGGUGUUCUGCGCCCUGGCCUCGGGCAUCCUCCAGGGGUGUCCGUGGUCGGGCACUCUUUGGGCCGUCGGCAUGGAUCCGCUGAUCAGGGACAUGCAUUCCCGCACGCGCUGCUUCAAGGGCGCUGUCAUCGGCGUCUGUGCGGAUGAUGUGGGCAGCGUUAUGCCUGCACUGAAGAUGCUGCGGCCUAUGUUCGGCGUCUUCAACGCGGCGGAGCUCCUGGCGCGUCUGGUGCUCAAGACGAUGAAGUGCAAGAUCAUCCCGCUGGCGGACUCCUUCUCGCCGGCGGUUGUGGACAGGGUACGUGCCAAGAUCGAGGCGCUGGUCCCGAAGUGGAGCGGCAUGAAGAUCACGGACAUGGCUGAAUACCUCGGGGUGUUGAUGGGCCCGAGUGUGGAUAACCUCAAGCGUGGGCAGAAAGUAGUGGAGGGCUGGCAGCGUGCGACCAAUAUGAUAGCGGAUGUGAGCGCCCCGACAUCGACCUCGCUGAUGCUCUGCAACCAGAGGGCGGUUACCAAGAUCUCCUACCUCAGCCAGCUGUUCCUCUGGCCGCCCAAGAUGAAGCGCAAGGCGGUCUCGCUCGAGCUCAGCAACAGGGCUGCCCUGAUGCGCGGCGCCACGGACUCGGUGAAGAACUGGCCGCACUGGGCAGCCAAGCUCAAGGAGACGGCGGCGAAGGCCCUGCCCCUCUCCGACCUGGCGAUGGGCAUGCAUGCGCCUUCGCACUGGCGCUCGCCACCGAUUGCCCUCACUCUGGAGGAGGCAGCUGGCGGCUUCCCGAACGACCCGAACAAGCAGAUGACCUCCGUGUGUAGCCAGGAUUUCAUCAAGGGGACCAACAAGCUGGAUGGCGACCCCCUGGCGAGCAGCAUCGAGGAGCUCAAGAAAUUCGACGGCGGGGAAGGAUGGCGGAGGGAAAACGCAGCGGCCGGCCCUGCGGCGGACAGCAGGCCGCAGGACGCCACGUGGGCACGCACGCUCCGGAGCGAGGCCGACCUCCGCGGGAAGCCGCGCCAGGCGCGACCGCAGGUGGACCUCUGCCCUUUGACAAACCAGGAGGUAAGCGUUGUCGUCAAGAGGGAGCUGGAAUUCCUUAAGAAGGACAUUAGUACAGCAGAGCGGGAGAGACGGCUGGCGACGGUGGACCCUGCGAUACGCAGCGACAUGGAGACGUUGCGUCGCCGGGAGGAGAGCGCAACAAACAUCAGCAGGCACUUUGAGCAGUGCUACCCCAUGGUCCAGCGCUGCGAGGAAGCCUGUCUCUCUGCGUUCCUGGCUGGCAUAUCUCGGUUUCCUGUGAGCGACGCGGAGGUCGUGCAGAUCUUGAACCUCGCGCCUUGCGACCCGGUGCUGUUCUCAGGGGUCCUCUCCGAUUGCUAUGUCCGCUUCACCGACGAGCAGAUUGACUACCUCUGCGACCUGCUGGAGGACGUCCUGCCCUCGCCGCGCCCCGACCCCGCGGCCGCCCCGAGGCUGGCGCUGACCGACCCGCCGCCGCCGGGCCCACCCGCGGAGCGCGCGCUGCCCGAGGCGGCGCCCGCUGCGGCCGCGCCGGAGCCGCUCCCCGCGGCCCUCGCCGAGGUGCCGCCUCGGCCCGGCGAGCCGCCCGCCGCGGAGGCAGCGGCAGAGCCGAAGAGGCGCGCGCCGCGGCGCCAGAGCGGCCAGGCCGCCCGCGAGGCGCCGGCGCGGGACCGCGCGCCGGCGCGCGGCAGGGGCCGCGGCCGCGGCCGGGGGGUGCAGGAGGCGGCGGCGGGCGAGGCCGAUCCGCCCGCCGCGGCGGAGCCGCCCGCGAAGCGGGGGAGGCUCGGCAAAGCGAAGCAGCUGCCUGAGGACGGGGGUGGGGGUCCGCCAGCGGGCCUCGCCGGCCUGGCGGGCGCUCGGGGCACUGUGCGAGGCGUGUGGCACGGGCUGGCCGCCGACGACGAUGCUGCCGCUGUGGCCGCCACCGGCCGGGCGGAGGCGGAGGCGGCCGCGGGCUCGGGCGCGGAGCUGGGCGACCUCGCGGCCGCGGGCGCCGCCGAGGGUGCGCCGGCGGCCAGCGUCAACGCGCAGCCCCAGCGGCGGCGAAGGCCCACCACGCAUGGUGGCGUCCGAGAGCCCCUGAGGGAGCCUCGCCGCACGCGCCGCGCCCGCCGCCGACACAGCCUGACCUGCACGUGCCUGGCAGGGGGGCGCGCGGCCGCCGCUCGCGGCAAGCAUCUGGCCGCUCUCUUCGCCCCUCGGGUCACGGCGCCCCUCCUUCCUCCUGCGCCUCCUCCGUCCUGCUCCGCCUCCCGCUGCCCGUGUCGGGCACACUCCCCUGCCUGUGCUCUCGCUUCAGUCAUUACCGUGUCCCUCCAUCCGAGCCUGGAGGAUGUCCGCAUCCACAGAUGUCGCAACCACGCCACGAGCCCGUGUGCUAGUUUGUGA